AUGCGAGGUACUAUUAAUGCAAACUCUUUGUUGUUUGAUCCAGAAUUAGAAAGGACAGUUAGAAAGAACAAAAAGGCAGCAAGACAAAGGAAGUUACAAGAAAUGGGUGAAUCCAGUGUGACAAUUCAAGAAGAAGUCAUGGAAGAAAAUCAUAGGCCACCACCACAGAGGACACUGGGAGAUUACAUGACUCCCACUCUAAUUCCACCGAUUGGGAGUGUUGUUCGACCCAAUGUGGAACCCAACAACUUUGAGUUGAAACUUGCAUUAGUACAAUUGGUGCAGAAAGAACAAUUUGCUGGCACCAGUGCAGAAGACCCAUAUCUGCACAUUGAGAAUUUCUUACUUUUGAGCGAUACUGUGAAGAUCAAUGGUGUGAAUAGAGAUGCUAUCUUGUUAAGAUUGUUCACUCAUUCACUGAAGGAUGAUGCAAGAAGAUGGUUACAAUCAUUACCUCAAGGAAGUAUCACAACUUGGGAUGAUCUGCAGACUAAGUUUUUAGCUCGGUUCUUUUCAGCAUCGAAAAAGGCGAAAUUGAAGGAUGAGAUCACAGGGUUCAAACAAAAAGAAUCAGAGUCUAUCUAUGAAGCUUGUGAAAGAUUCAAAACACUCUUGAGGAAAUAUCCACAACAUGGAAUCAAAGUGUGGAAUCAAGCAGCAAUAUUUCUCCAAGGGUUGACAACCAACACAAGAACAUUGGUGAAUGCCACAACUGGUGGUUCAUUAACAACCAAGACUCCUCAGGAAGCCCUUGACAUAUUUGAAUCUUUAGCAUCUCAAGAAUUUGACAAUGCUUCAGUGAAUGACAGAAGAACAGGAGUUAUAAAACUUGAUGGGUAUGAUGCUUUGUUAGCCAAGAAUGAUAAGAUGAUGCAAAUGCAAAAACAACAACAACAGUUGGAUGCUCUCACUAAGCAGCUAUCCUCUCAAAAUGUUGCUUCUGUGGACACUAAUUCUGUGUGUGCUAUUUGUGGAAAAGGCCAUGUUACAGAAGAUUGUGAUUAUGGGGGACCUGCAGAACAAGCAGGAGUGAAUAGGGUAUGGUAUGAUCAGAGGAACCAGAACAACCAGGGGCAAAAUUUGUAUGUUCCACCAUGGAAGAAUAGAAAUCAACACCCAGGGUUCAGUUAUAGUUCUAAUCAUCAGUUGAAUCCUCCACUGCAUCCUCCUCCACCACAUUCGUCACAACAAGGUGAUACCUCUGCAUGGGAGAAAGCUUUUGCACAGUUAUCUAAGACUACUACAAAAUAUAUUCAGGGUUCAAAUUCUUUCAGAGAAGAAACUUAUGCAUUCAUGCAAGAGACAAAAACAUCAUUCAGGAACCAGGAAGCAUCCAUCCGAAAUUUGGAGACCCAAAUUGGUCAGUUGUAA